AUGAGCUGUUCACGAUCGUGGACUAAUGAAAGUGGUACAACACGACCAGAUUCUAGUGAAGAUCAAACUGAAAUCGACUCAGUCAAUUACUCUUCAGAAAAAACACAUGACAGAAAGAAAAUAAAUAGAGAAUUAAAUAAAGUAUGCUCUGAACAGAUUAUUGUUCAUCGGUGGUUUUUAUCUGAUAUUCAAUCUUUAAAUAGUGAAAAGGAAGAUUUCUACGUACAAUCUAGUUCAUUUGGUUGUACUGGUGGAAAUGCAAGUUUGAAUUGGAUUGUUCGGUUUUAUCCAAGAGCAUCCAAACUAUCAAAGAAUACACAUUCAUUUAAAGUCAUUGAUAACUAUGAAUAUCUAACGACGACAGGUAAUAAUAGUGCAUUAAAUGAAGUCGAAAAAAGUAACGAAAUUAUCAAUGAGACCUUACUCAAUAGUCUUCAAAAUAUGAUGAGUAAAAAGGAAAAUAAGAAUUCCAUAUCGUAUAUAGAAUCUGUCAAUCAAUUACUUAGUGAGAUUUUACAAAAGCCAAUAUCUAAUAUUGACCAACGCAUAAGACCAAAUGAAGAAGAUCUUAAUAAAGUAAUAUUAACAAAAGAAACAGCCCAUGUUUCGCGAUUAAAACAUGAUAUGUUAAAAACUUUGCCACAAGAUUCAAUUGUAUCAAGUGAAAAUGAAACAAUUUCAGAUGAUAAAUCAUAUUGUGCGUUAGAAAUUCUAAAAGUCAAUGAUUAUGAAGAAUCUCCUCAAGCACUCUUUGAAACUUACUAUCAAAUAUUUGACGUGGCCGAUGAUGGCAUUUUAACUCUGCUGAAAACUCAAGGUCGUUAUCAAGCCCAUUUUAAUCGGGCAUUGAUUAUGCUACCGCGUGAUGCGAUCUUCUCUAUUUCAUCAAAUAAUAUUCUCUUUUCAAUCAAAUUAAUUAUUUAUGAAUGUUCAUCAACAAUUGGAUAUUGCCAAUCGAUGUCAUCUAAUAACAAAUGUAUUAAAAAUUUACUAUCGGAACAAGCUCUAUCUUUGAAUACAUCAAUUCGAGAUACAAAUAUAUUUUGUAAUCCUAAUUCUAUGAUAGAAUUAUCUAACAGCAAUAUAUUUUGGUUGAUGUCAAUACACAAACUUUUUACUGAUAUGAUAAUUUAUUCUUCAGACGGUCAAGAAUUUCAUGCACAUCGUCUCAUACUUUGUACAGCAUGCGAAAAAUUAGCUGAAAUCAUUUCUAUGAAUCAAGAAAUAAAUAAAAUUGAAAUAGACUCGAUUAGUGGAACUAUUCUUAAACGUAUUUUAAAAUAUUUAUAUACUGGCGAAAUUGAAAUAUCUAUUGGAGAAUUUUCAAUUGAUGAAAUUCGAGAUUUAUUAAAUGCAGGUGAUUUCUUUGAACUAUUGCAAUUGAAAAAUAUUAUAACAAAGAAAUGUUGGAAUCAUAUAACGGAAAAAAAUUGCUUCGGUCUAUUACAAUUAGCUGAUGAUAAACAAAUGAAAGUACUUAAAAAUCGUAUAUUAAUAUUUCUAUGUCAACAGCAUCCACAGCUAUUUGACACUGAUGGAUGGCAACAAUUUGUGAAUAUACGACCUCAUCUCUACGAUGAAGCAUUUGUCAGCCUUCUUCGUCUUAAUCAUCUUCAAAAAACAAUAAUUGAAAAUAAUUCCAAGAAUCAAAAAUCAUAA